AUGAUGAAAUCUAUCCGCUCCAGCUUGUUGAUGAAGAAGAAAGGAAUGCGCAGCAGCGAUGUUGUUUUGCCUACCGAAGACGCCUCAAGCCAAGAAAUGUCUGAAUCGAGGGUGGAUCAGUCGCUAAGGGAAUCCAGCAAGAAGAAUCGCAAGUCGACGAGGUCUCGCUCGUCCAGUACCAGAUCCUCGAGCCGUGAGAGCGUGCGGCCCACGGACGUGCUUGAGAUGCUCGAGUACAUGGCUGCCCAGGAUCCCAGUCAGGCCGGGGACUUCUUCAAACACUUGAAGGAAACACAGUUGAGCGAUCUCUAA